AUCACGCAGCAGCAGCUCCCGGGCUCGUAACGUUCCUGCCCAGUAUUAUUGUUGCUCGCUUCCGUUCAUCUCAAUUCCCGACCGUUGAUCCCAACCCCGGCCAAAUUGAAAAGCCCCUGCUGUAAGAUAUUUACGACCCCGUACAUAGGCGCUGUGAUUGGCUGUCGAGUACGGGAGAAGGAGGCGUGGCCAGAGGGGGGAGAGGCGCCAUCUUUCCCGUACAGUGCAGGGGCUGCGGUUUGUCAUCAUUAGGCGCAGAAGCUCAGUCAUACUGGCGUCAUGAAAACCUACAGGCAGAGGGAAAAGCAGGGGAACAAGACCCAGGAAAGUGUCAAGGCUCCAGAUGAAGGAAAGAUUAAGGCAUUAUUGGAGAGAACUGGAUACAGCUUGGAUGUAACUACAGGUCAAAGAAAAUAUGGUGGACCUCCUCCAGAGUCUGUAUCCCCUUGCACGCAGCCUGGCAUCGGUACAGAGGUUUUUGUUGGCAAGAUACCUAGAGACUUGUAUGAGGAUGAGUUAGUACCUCUUUUUGAAAAAGCAGGCCCCAUCUGGGAUCUUCGUCUUAUGAUGGAUCCUCUCUCUGGACAAAAUAGGGGUUAUGCCUUUAUAACUUUCUGUUACAAAAAUGGAGCUCAGGAGGCUGUUAAAUUGUGUGACAACUAUGAAAUCCGCCCUGGCAAACACAUUGGAGUAUGCAUUUCAGUGGCAAACAACAGGCUUUUUGUCGGUUCUAUUCCCAAAAAUAAAACUAAGGAAAAUAUUCUGGAGGAGUUCAUUAAAGUUACAGAGGGCUUAGUAGAUGUUAUUCUCUACCAUCAACCUGAUGACAAGAAAAAGAACCGUGGCUUUUGCUUCCUAGAGUAUGAAGACCACAAGACUGCAGCACAGGCCAGACGUAGAUUAAUGAGCGGCAAGGUGAAGGUUUGGAGCAAUGUAGUAACUGUAGAGUGGGCAGAUCCAGUGGAGGAACCAGACCCUGAGAUAAUGGCAAAGGUUAAAGUACUUUUUGUGAGGAAUCUGUCUUCCACAGUAACUGAAGAGAUUCUAGAGAAAGCUUUUUCAGUUUUUGGAAAGCUGGAACGGGUGAAGAAACUGAAGGAUUAUGCUUUUGUACACUUUGAGGAGAGAGACUCUGCAGUGAGGGCUAUGGAUGAAAUGAAUGGGACAGACCUGGAAGGGGAAGACAUUGAAAUAGUACUGGCAAAACCUCCAGAUAAAAAGAGAAAGGAGCGUCAGGCAGCACGACAAGCUUCUCGUGGCACUUUGUAUGAUGAUUAUUACUAUUAUCCCCCUCCUCGUAUGCCUCCUUCAGGCAGAGGCAGGGGCCGUGGAGGCAGAGGCGGCUAUUCAUAUCCCCAAGAUUAUUAUGGCUAUGAAGAUUACUAUGAUGAUUAUUAUGCAUACGAUUACCAUGACUACCGCGGUGGCUAUGACGAUCCAUACUAUGGGUAUGAUGAUGCGUACCCUGUGCGAGGGCGAGGAGGUAGAGGUGGCAGAGGUGGACCUCCUCCACCUAGAGGCAGAUCCGCUCCUCCUUUACGUGGGGGGCGCUCCAACUAUAUACCAAGGGGGUCUCCUAUGGGCCCUCCUAGAGGAUCCAGAGGUGGACGAGGUGGUCCUUCUCAGCAACCACAACGAGGCCGCAACUUGCGUGGCAACCGUGGAAGUAGAGGUGGGAAUGUUGGUGGAAAAAGAAAGGCAGAUGGGUACAACCAACCUGACUCCAAGCGCCGCCAGACCAACAAUCAGAAUUGGGGGACCCAACCCAUAGCCCAGCAGCCUUUGCAACAAGGUGGUGAUUAUACUGGUAACUAUGGUUACAGUAAUGACAACCAAGAGUUUUAUCAGGAUUCUUAUGGGCAGCAAUGGAAGUAGGAAAGGCUGCUACUAAAAAAAAUAAUCAUUUUUCAAUCACCUACAUCUAUAUAUAUAUAAACAUAAGGCACACACAGGAUUCAGUAUUGAUUUUUCUGUAAUUUGUAGUAGGCUCAUCACUAUACUGUAAAUAUCUUUAUUUUAUUUUUAUUACCAUUGUUGUCCACCAAGUAUGAACUGAUUCAGUGAUCAAUAUUUUAAUUGGGGGGGGGUUUCUUACACUCCAGUCAAGCUGGGACCCAAACUCAAGAUGUGCACUCUGAAAGGUAACGUCAAUACUCUAUACCUUACAAGUCUUGCAUUGACUUCUAGAUUAUGAUACUAUUGUUUUUGGCUUAUAUCCCAGAAAUCUUAAUUUAGAUUUUUGCCUACUUACUAUGUUAUUGGUGGGUACUAGUCUUUUUAUUUUACUUUGGCGAGUUUUGGAGUGUUUAGGGGACAACUUGUAGUAGUUUGUGCAGAAAACUUUUUUUUUCUGGCUAACUUUAAAGUCUCUGCCAUAGGAUUUUGCUGUAAAUAAAUGUAAACACUUGUGGUCUAGUAGUUUUAAUAGUUGUCUUUAUAACCAAACAUUUUAAGAUGUCAUGUAUGUUUUGCAUUCCUAGAUAUAGGUUUAUUGUAUUUUUUUUUAAUUGUGAUUUUAUUUUUUUGGAAGGGAGUAACAUGCCCUACCAGUUUGUUUGGCUUUGUCUCAAGAAGCCUCUGCAGUAUGUUCUGUGACUGUAUUUCAGUUUUCUUGUUAAUGUACAAUUUCAAUAAAACUGUUAGCAAAAACAAAAAAACACAAAAAAAUGAAAAACCAAACAAAAAUCCACUGCAAACAACCUUGUCCCAUUUACAAACAUGGUUGUAUACUAUUAAAACAAAACAAAACUAAAAA